AUGUCUAUCAACAAAGUCCUCCUCGUCGGCGCAAAUGGCAAUCUAGGCUCGGUCCUUCUUGAAGGUCUGGUCGCCUUGAACUCCUUCUCCGUUUCCGUCGCCAAGCGCGCAUCGUCCAAAUCUACCCCUGCGCACGCAUCCUCCGUGAAUAUCGUCACGAUACCAGAUGACCUUUCCAUUGAAGGCUUGAUCCCUAUCUUGAAAGAGCAAGAUGCUGUCAUCGCUUCAUUUCCUUUGACAGGCGUUGUUGACCAGCAUUUACGUCUUGCUGAAGCAUCUGCGAAAGCUGGUGUCAAGAGGUUCAUUCCAGCUGAUUUUGGGAGCUGUGAUGCACAGAGCGAACAGGCGAAGAAGCUUUUGAAGCUAUACCGUGACAAGGAUACUGUAAGGAGUAAAGCUGUCGAGCUUGCAAAUGAAUACCCUGGUUUCUCAUGGACAUCGCUUGUCUGUGGGCAUUUCUUCGAUUAUGGUAUUCUCGAUGGUCUGCUACACACCGAUCUUGAGACCAACACCGCUGUCAUCCUCGACAAGGGCGAUGUCCCAGCCUCAGCAUCUACACUCCACCGUGUUGCUGAAGCAUUAGUCGCCGUUCUCAAGCGCCCCGAUACAACGAAGAACCGUCUUCUCUACGUACAAAGCUUCUGCAAGACACAGCUUGAGGUUGUAGCAGCACUGGAGAAAGCUACGGGUGUAGAGUGGAAGAAGGAGUUUGUAGACUCGGAGGCGUUCUUAGAGAGGGAGGUUAAUAAGUUGGCGGUGGAGUAUAGCCACCAUGCGAUGGAGGAGAUUGUGUUUGUGUUGGGAGCGCUUGAUGCCGAGUGGCCGAAGCGGGGAGAUGCGUUUGCGAUGAAGGAGUUGGGAUUGGAGGAUGAGGAUCUGGAUAAGGUUGUCCAGAAGGUUGUGGAUGAGUGGAAGAGGGAGAAAGAGGAGAAGAAGUGA